AUGUCGAUAAAUGCUACUCUCACCGCCACUGUUGAAGACCAAUCCAAUAAAAUAGCCAGUCUUACUUCAUUUGAAUCGAUCGUUGCUUUGAAACAGCAGCAACUUGAUCAUAUUAUUAAGACUGAAGAAUUACUGCAUGUUAUGUCUAAUAAAAUUUCUGAACAAGAAACGGAUAUUAAAUCACUUAAAUCUCAGAUAGGAGAAGCUUC